GCCAAGCUCAUCGUGGAGACGGACACGUUCGGGAGCCGCGUGCGCAUCAAGGGGGCCGAGAGCGAGAAGUACAUCUGCAUGAGCAGGAGGGGAAAGCUCGUCGGGAAACCCAACGGGAAGAGCAAGGACUGCAUCUUCACCGAGAUCGUGCUGGAGAACAACUACACGGCGUUCCAGAACGCGCGCUACGAGGGCUGGUACAUGGCCUUCACCCGCCGGGGCCGCCCCCGCCGCGCCUCCCGCAGCCGCCAGAACCAGCGAGAGGCCCAUUUCAUCAAGCGCCUGUACCGGGGGCAGCUGCCCUUCCCCAACGCCGAGCGCCAGAAGCAGUUC